AUGGAGAACACUCCGUACCACGACUCCCCUCCACCCUCCCGAAGCUCUUCACCAACCCGCCCCACUCGCUCACGCUCCACAUCCUCCUCGCACAGCUCUUCGACCAUAAAACCGCUUCCUGCGCCGCCGCAACCAGCGCCUGUACACGAGCCCUAUCGCGACGAUCCACCAAACACACAUCACAACGACCCUUCCACAUACCGCGACGAGCCAUCAUCCACAUAUCGCGAUGACCCACCACCACACGCGGCCCGCAUCCCACGCCAAUCCUCCAGCAUACCACCACCAACAACGACCCUACACCGACUCAGCGCCCGUCACACCUCUCCCAACCGACGACAAUAUCCCCCUAGCGUACCUAAUCCCACCCUACCCCUCAAACUCCCCGCCCCCGUACUCCGUCGCCAUCCGCGAAACACUCCUCAUCCAACACCAACACCCAUACCACGCGUACGCACCCUCGCAAACACCCUACCACGACGCGCCAAUCUUCCCUACCUCACGGCGCCGCGACGUGCUCGUCGAAAUUGA